UGGAAAUUACUAGGCUUGUUAAACUCAGUGUGGGAACACUUGGCUUUGGGGGGACAUGAAUUUGAGAGGAAAUAGAUCAACUCCGGAAUUUUGAGUAAGUGCGACAAGCCUGAGGUUUUCCCGUGCUGAAUCUGGGCCUGUAGACGUGGGUGUGUGCAAAUUUGGGAAGGAGCUGGGAGGUGUGAUGAAGGGAAAGUCUUCCUUGGAUGCUGUUGAAUUAAAGAAUUUUAGGAAAGGAAGAUGGAUCAGCCUAGUGGAAGGAGUUUUAUGCAAGUGUUAUGUGAAAAAUAUAGUCCUGAAAACUUCCCUUACCGCCGUGGUCCUGGGAUGGGAGUCCAUGUCCCAGCUACACCUCAGGGCUCUCCUAUGAAAGAUCGCCUCAACCUCCCAAGUGUCCUGGUGUUGAACAGCUGUGGGAUCACCUGUGCAGGGGAUGAAACAGAAAUUGCGGCCUUCUGUGCUCAUGUGUCGGAACUAGAUCUCUCUGACAACAAACUAGAAGACUGGCAUGAGGUCAGUAAAAUUGUGUCAAAUGUUCCCCAGUUGGAGUUCCUAAACCUGAGUUCCAACCCUCUGAAUUUGUCGGUUUUAGAAAGAACAUGCGCUGGGUCCUUCUCUGGGGUUCGCAAACUUGUCCUCAAUAACAGCAAAGCUUCUUGGGAGACAGUCCACACGAUACUGCAGGAGUUACCAGAUUUGGAGGAGCUCUUCCUGUGCCUUAAUGACUAUGAAACAGUGUCUUGUCCUUCUAUUUGCUGUCAGUCUCUGAAGCUCCUGCACAUCACAGACAACAACCUGCAAGACUGGACUGAGAUCCGGAAGUUGGGAGCUAUGUUCCCUUCGCUGGACACACUCGUGCUGGCCAACAACCACUUGCACGCUAUCGAGGAGCCUGACGACUCCCUGGCCAGGUUGUUCCCUAACCUGCGGUCCAUCAGCCUCCACAAGUCAGGUUUGCAGUCCUGGGAAGACAUUGACAAACUCAAUUCAUUCCCCAAACUUGAAGAAGUGAGGUUGUUAGGGAUUCCUCUUCUGCAGCCGUACACCACCGAGGAGCGCAGGAAGUUGGUGAUAGCAAGAUUGCCAUCAGUUUCCAAACUCAAUGGCAGUGUUGUUACCGAGGACGAGCGAGAAGACUCCGAGAGGUUCUUCAUUCGUUAUCAUGUGCAGGUUCCGCAGGAGGAAGUGCCGUGCAGGUAUCACGAACUGAUCACAAAAUAUGGGAAGUUGGAGCCUUUGGCAGAAGUGGAUCUAAGACCCCAGAGCAGUGCAAAGGUCGAAGUCCACUUUAACGAUCAGGUGGAGGAAAUGAGCAUCCGUCUGGACCAAACAGUGGCAGAGCUAAAGAAGCAGUUAAAGACCCUGGUCCAGCUGCCCACGAGCAGCAUGCUCCUCUACCACUUUGACCACGAAGCGCCCUUCGGCCCCGAGGAGAUGAAGCACAGCUCGCGGGCCGUGCACUCCUUCGGCAUUCGGGACGGAGACAAGAUUUACGUGGAAUCCAAAACAAAGUGACCUCUGAGCCCAGACUUGUCGACACACACAGGACUUCUCGCAGGGCAUCUGUUUCCAUCGGUUUCUUUAGGAGGGGGAAGAUUGUUUUGUUUUAUGUUGCUUUGCUAAGGUUUGGAGAGUGAUGGUGUUUCUUUUCCCCCAGAAUGGGUAGGGGCUGUUGAGUACUUUUACCAAGGUCUGUGCGGCUCCGCCCGCGGAACUGCCGCAGCCGCAGCCUGUGCGCCCUCCCUCGGGGAAGGUGCGGGCCUCCCGGGCCGUGUUCUCUGGGAUCGCCAGGCGCACCGGGGCGCACCCUGGGCGGGCAUCCGAGAGGUCAGGCAGGAGACACGGUCUCGGGGCCUCUGGGGGGCGCAGUGCUCCGGCCCUCCCCACCCCCCCUCCUCGUGGUUUGGCUCAGUUUUUACUGUGAUCUGUGUCAGCACAUGUUCACUGAGAGUUUAUUCUGUCCAUGAUUAACUUCUCAACUUGGGUGAUUGGUUUUUUUCUUUAUUUCUCCCUUUUGAAAUAAUUUAAAGUGUUUUGAACAUUUUCAACCUGACCCUGAUCUCAGGUACUCAGUUAUAACCUAUGACUCUUAGGGUCUUGAAGAAGGUGGACGAGAGGAGACCCCAGGAAAACUGCUGCUGUCCUCAGCCGGCAGAUCCGACCUCGCUGGGUGUGGCUGCCCGUCCCAGUGCUCCCCACCCUCCACAGCAGUCAUCGCGGUCACGCAGGGGACGGGUCCGGUUCCGGGGCUUCUUCUCUGGGCUUAUUGAAUGUAUUUCCGCAGAUCUGUCUUUUCCUUCAUGACUUAGACUACUGGGAAUAGAGGCCUGACCCGCAGCCCCCAGUAGAGGGCUGCCUGGCGUGCAGGGGCGGGCGGCAGGGAGCCGCAGCGCGGGAGGGGUGCGCGGCCCUGCCUGCCGUCCUUCCAGGGCCCUGCGUGAGCACGUUGCAUGAGCGGCAUCAUCAUCAAGGGAGCCUGCGCCAGCUCUCCCCGGGACUUUGUGAUGUCACCGUGAGCAGUUCUUUCUGUUUUAUAAUUUAAUUUAGUUGCCCCUACAGAACAGCUCUGACUCAUUUAUGAGUAAAGUAUAAGUGUCAAAACUUCGGAAUUGCCUCCAAGUCAUAGUUUUUGCAGAAGCAUAUUUAAAGCACUUUUCUCUAAGAGCUAGUUCCUUAGUUGCGCCGAAGUCUUUCCAUUGGUCCAUUCUUUGCGUCUCCCUCAUCUGUGUCUGUCCCCGCCCACCCUGUGUGUGGGCGGGGCUUGAGCGGCAGAGCGGGUGCAGAGGGCGUGCUUUCGGAGGGUCGCGGUCCUGCUGAUGCUUUGACCUUUCCCAUGAUUCCAUUGCUCCUACAGGUUUCUUAUGAAACCUGUAGGUGGUUUUAGGUGGUUUGUAAAUUCAUGUAUAUGUUGUUGUGUUUGUUAUUGUUGCUUUUUCAUUUUUCCUGUGCCAUAAUAACAGGUAUUUAUUCUCCUAGUGCACUUCAGGUUCAGUAUCUGUGAAGCCUUUGACCCAGGCCCACUGAGUCAGAUCUCCGUUCACCGUAACGCUGAGGGUAGAGACCAAAGGGUUUGAGAUGACGAAUGAGGCCUGUUCGCCUACUGCUGCCAACUUUACCUUUUACAAUCAGAAGUCGAGCUGUGGUGACCCAGGCUGGGUGUAGAUGAGAAUAAUUAUUUCGCAAUCAGAAUUUUCUGCCAUAUUUUUGGAAGUGGGAAGAGCGUGUGGCUGGGUGUCGUGAAGAUGACACUGUGAUGCUGUGUGUGUGUGUGUACGGUCAGUUUGGAGAGAGGAGCCGAGCCCUCUGCUGUGUCAGCCUGGGAAAUAGACGUGCCCUUAGUUUCUGAGGUUGUGUGACCCUGACCCACAGCAGACAGCAGAGGGAACACUCAGUGUUAUUCUAAUCGCAAGUGGAGUGGUCACAAUAAGAUAUUUUAUAUAUGAUAAAGUUUUAUGAAAUGCUUUUUUACUAUGAGACCGGUCCCUUCUGUUGUUGCAGAACACUGUCGGUCAGCUGCAGGUAGUUCUCCACCGCGCCUGCACGUCAGGGCUGCUCGUUGGUUCCGUGCGGGUGUUUCCAGGCUGUUGUGACGGGCAGUUCUAAUAACUGCUGAAUAAGUUUUGAUUGAGACAAAACCUAAUACAAUUACUGGUCUUUUAGAGUUACAGAAGUAAAUGAGAAAAGCUAUUUGAGCAUGUGUACUUGUAGAUUUAUUUGAGUGGCUGAGUAAAGAUGCUUCUUUUGAAAUAAAAUUGGUGCUGUGUAGACAAUUGUAACCAAAAUUAUUUUUAUAACAGGCCAAAAAGAGAGGACACCAUGUAUCUUUGAGUCUACAAGUAGGCCUAGUGGAUUGCUGCUGCUUCUCUGUUCUAAUGCUGACGUUUAGGUUCAGUGCGAGCACAGUACUGACACGUAGGAGUCCAAACGCUGUCGUGGCAUCACAGAUUUGUCGCUACAGCACAGUGUGUAAAAUAUCUUUUCUAAAAUGGAAAUUCUUCUCAGUUAUGAAAAAGGAAAGGGGUAAUAAAAGAAAUCCAAAUCAAAACCAACAGAUCCUUUCUACCAUGACAGCAUGUAGCUAGCUGCUGAAGCCACAGUAGAAAUCAAUUUUCUAAAUUGGAUUGUUGAAAUACCCCAAAGUGUUUUAAAGAAAAAAAAGUUCAGAGUUGUAUGUCUUGUUUUAUGAUUAGAAGUUUCUAUUGUUUCUGCAGCCUGUUGCCACCAUUGCCAUAGAUAAAUAAGAAAGUAGCAGAUGUUAUGUAACCACUUGUUUCUUUAUAACCUUUUAAUGAAAAUCAGCUAAAAACAUGAGCUGUGUGUAACAGAGCCUAAUGUUACUAUGCUGUGUUGUAAAAUUUUGUUUACAGAACAGAAUGAAAGUCCAGUGCUAACCAGUCCGCGGGGCUGCCCGUCCGCGGGGACGGAGCGCACAGCACCCGCCCAGGCCCUGGGUGCCCUCUGACCGCACUCUGCUGGCUGCGCCCAGGGCGGGGCGCCGUUCUCUGCCUGUCACUGCAGCCAGCAGGUCUCCCCUAUUUCACUUAGCUUGGAAAUACAACCGACUGCUUUCAGGACACCCGGAGCUCUCCGUGUUACCAGAAGUGUUGUGAACACUAUUUUCCAUAGGUGCUUCCUCAAACACACACCCAUUGUAGUGAUGAGGGGCUGGCUCUCAGGUCUUGCCAGUUGUCUCCUGCAGUUGAUGGAAAUAUAUAUUUUA